AAAAAUAUACUUUCAGCUCCAAUUCAGAGAUGUUAAAGAUUGAAGGAUUGGGCCCCAAAAUGGACCCAGAGGAGAUGAAGCGAAAGAUGCGAGAAGACGUGAUCUCAUCGCUGCGGAACUUUUUAAUUUAUGUUGCCCUUCUCAGAGUCACACCUUACGUUCUUAAGAAGCUGGACAGCAUAUGAAGUGGACACAACCUCCAAGCCCCUACGCCCCCAAUUCCUGGGAGACGAUAAGGAACCGGAAGCUGGAGAUUUCAAAAGCAUCACUGAUCCAGAAAUUCAGAAGUCUGGCCAGCAUACGCGUUUAAGAUAAAAGCAGCUUCCAGUGAACUAUGUGGUGUACAGUAGCCUAAUAUCUGUUUGUUUUGCCUUUUUUAUUAUAUUAAACACAAGCUAAUGAACGUA